AUGCUACAGUGGUUGGCGUUCUUAUCAGUACUUGUCGUUUCGCUGGUGGUCCAUGCUGUUACCGAGCCAAGAAUUGUGGCCAUGGGAGACCUUCAUGGCGAUCUGAACAAUACAUUGACCAUCAUGAGGUUCGCAGGCUUGAUUGACCAAGACAAUCGGUGGUCUGGUGGCGACACCAUCUUUGUGCAAACGGGCGAUGUGGUAGAUCGUGGCGUGGAUACAAUAGCGUUAUAUGAGUUGCUACAACGGUUACGGGACGAGGCAAAAGAACAAGGUGGUCAAGUUGUAUCUGUUUUGGGCAAUCAUGAAAUCAUGAACAUGGUGGGCGACUGGCGAUAUGUGCAUCCCGAUGACAUUGCAUCUUUUGGUGGAAAACAAGCACGUAUCAAAGCAUUCUCCAAAGAAGGUUGGAUUGGAAGCGAUCUCAUGGAAUGGAACCUUACAGCCAAAGUUGGAUCUUCUGUAUUUUGUCAUGGCGGCAUUCUCCCCAAAUACUCACAUGAUGGCAUUGAUGGGAUUAAUCGCCGUGCAAAGGAGUCACUCGAGACGUACAUCAAUGAAAGGGAAGACACGUAUGGCUUAUUUGGUGGUGAUGGUCCUACAUGGUAUCGAGGAUUCGCUGUGGGCGAUGAGCGCAUAUGCGCUGUAUUGGACAAGGCGCUCAUGAUGCUGGAGGCGGAUCGAAUGGUGAUGGGUCACACUGUACAACGUGAUGGACGUAUUCGUGCUCGAUGUGGGGGCAAGGCUAUCUUAAUUGAUAUUGGCAUAUCACACGUCUAUGGUGGACAUCCUGGAGCAUUGGAAAUUCAAGGAGAUCAGAUUCAUGCGGUGUAUGAGCAUGGCAAGGAAAAGUUGGUAGCCUCUCGUAUCCACGAAGAAUUGUAG